AUGUCGUCUUCUGAAAAUGGUUGGUUUAGAAGCUUGGCGGUUUUUUUCGAAGAUUCUUCUUUUGGCAGCGUUGUUCAAGGAUUUCAAGACGACAUUUUUACAUUGUCCAGUUAUGGAAACGCGACUGAUGAAGGAAGACAGCUUGUAGCUGCUGCUAGCUCAGGGUAUGGAGAUGAUUGCUGUCCUCCAGUAGUUGAUCCGUAUACUUGGUUAGCUCUUAUAGCAGGAAUAGCAUUGGCAACGUUUUUCCUUCGGACUGCCAUUACAACCAAUAUUGUUUUUGGCAGUGGCAGGAAAAGAGCUUUAGAGGACAAUAUUAUAGAGGACCUUGCUACACCAGCUUUACAAGAAAAAUCGGAUGACAAGAGACGUGAUGACAAGUCAGGAUUCUCUCACCUGAAUCAAGGGGAUUCAGAAUAUUCAAAGAAACCCCAUGAUAUUUCUCCUGUAAUGAGGAUGAUUCCACCCGGUUCUGUAAAUCCUGGUUUUCUGUUGAAGCAGAACCUGAGACCAGGGAGACCAGGGAGACCUGGGAGACCAGGGAGAACCUUGGUAUCUCAGGGUAUACCCAGAGCAGGCAGCACACAAACCUUGCCUCAGAGUUUCAAGAGUCAGGAUAAUGACGAUUACUAUGACGAAGACGAUUAUUCUGAUUAUGAAGAUCUGAAUGCUGCGUACCACGGAAAUAUUAGUGGAGCGGCGUCAAGAACUUUCCAGAGAAUCUCAGAGAGAAAUAGAGGACCUGGGAGGAAACUAGACAGUAUAGACAGAUUUGAUUCUGGUCUUGCACUUGGUGAAACGGACGGAGAAGAUCUGCAUGGAGAGGCAGCUGGAGGCUUUUACGGAGGGGGAGGUUUUAUCAAUAGAGGAAUAUUUGGAGGAGGCCAAGGGAGAUUUGGAGGCCGAGUUGGAGGUUACGGAGGCGCUGGAGGAUUCGGAGGUUUUGGAGUUGGAGGAGGAGGCUAUGGAGGAGGAAAGGGAGGCUAUGAAGGGGGAUUAGUAGGUUAUGGAGGCUCUGGUGGAGGGGGAAUCGGAGGAUACGGUGGAGGAGGAAUCGGAGGCUAUGGAGGUGAAUUAGAAGGUUAUGGAGGCUCAGGUGGAGGGGGAAUCGGAGGUUACGGUGGAGGAGGAAUCGGAGGCUAUGGAGGUGGAGGAGGAAUGUAUGAUAUUGGAAAUGAAGGACAAUCUUAUGGGUUUGGAGAUCUAGACAGACAAUCUCAGCUAAUUAUACUCAGGCCCCCUCCCAAGCGCAAUACAAAUGGUGGUUCUAUUCUUGGCCUGAUAGAUAUAGAUUAUGAAAGUUUUGUUUUACUUCUGGGAUUGGCAGGAGCAGCUGCUGCUUAUGUUUUAUAUCAGCAAAUUCUGACGAAAGGCAAGAAACGAAGUUUUCCAGACCGUGAGUUGAGAACAGAAGAAGGAUACAGUCAGGGUACUUUGUACACAAACAUUGAUCAACUUGCGGAUUUCGUCCUUGUGGGACUAGAGGAGUUUGAGGAGAAGAUGGAGAAGAUGGAAGAGAAAGAGAUGAGGAAGGAGAAGGAGGAGAAGAAGGAGAAGGAGGAGAAAGAGGAAGGCUGGUUGUCCUACAUAGCGAAGGAGUUCAUCCAAUUAAAAACAGAAACUGAAAAAGAAUUGACACAGGAUAAAGAAGAUGAAGAGACUAAGGAUGAGGAUGAGGAUGAAAGAGACUGGUUGGAUAAACUAUCACAAGAACCAAUACUAGAUCCUCUUCUUGGUAUUGCAGAAGAGUUAAAUCCAGGCAAAUCUGAGAGGAAAAUCAUUAAGAGAUCUGCUGAGGAAAAAAAGAAGAAAAAGCCUGCUGAGGAAUCUUGUAAAAUACAGGUUUGGAGAUGCCUUUCCGGUGUUCUGGAGUCCGGAGUAAAACAUUUAGAUAAACCUGAGGGGAUUACAGGGUUAGUGAAGAAAAGUCUGUUCAAAAUGGCGUUCCACGGUGGAUUAUCUAAUGUAUGGUCGUCGUUGAUGACGAUCCCAGAGGCUCGAAGUAUAACCAAGUGUGUACGAGAACAUGAUGAGUGUGUAACCUAUCAGGUUCUAUCCAAGGAAACAAAGAACAGUAACCAGGAUGGAUCAAGGAAAAGAUUUAUAGUCAGUCCUGAGUUUUUGAAAGGUAAAAAAUCAAUAAAAAUUUGA